GCAAAGGCAUAAAGAGCCGCUUUGAGCCCAGUGCCCCAGCUUUCAUCGGCGGCUGGAAGCCCUGCCCAGCCAAGCGAGGGGAACGCAGGGCGUCUUCACCCUGCGCCUUUCAUCCUCCACGGGUCUCCAAGCGCCUGCUGGUUCAUCAUCCCAAUGACGCGGACCCUUUUAUGAGGCCGCUUUCAUGUCAACCGCUUGGGAGUGCCAUCUCAGCGUUAAGUCUAGAGAGGAUGACAUGGCGCCCCAGCCCCUGCCUUGGAGUUUAUAAGGCAGCUCAUGGGGGUUGAAGGCUAAGCAUGGGGAAGAGCUGCAAGGUGGUCGUGUGUGGCCAGGCAUCUGUGGGCAAAACUUCAAUCCUUGAGCAGCUCCUGUACGGGAACCACGUUGUGGGUUCUGAGAUGAUUGAGACCCAGGAAGACAUCUAUGUGGGCUCUAUUGAGACAGACCGAGGGGUGCGGGAGCAGGUGCGUUUCUAUGAUACUCGGGGUCUCCGGGAUGGGGCCGAGCUGCCCAGGCACUGCUUCUCCUGCACUGAUGGCUACGUCCUGGUCUACAGCACAGACAGUCGAGAAUCGUUUCAGCGAGUUGAGCUGCUCAAGAAGGAAAUCGACAAGUCCAAGGACAAGAAGGAGGUCACCAUCGUGGUCCUUGGCAACAAGUGUGACCUUCAGGAGCAACGUCGUGUAGACCCUGAUGUGGCUCAGCACUGGGCCAAGUCAGAGAAGGUGAAACUGUGGGAAGUGUCGGUGGCUGACCGCCGCUCCCUCCUGGAGCCUUUCAUUUAUCUGGCCAGCAAGAUGACCCAGCCCCAGAGCAAAUCCGCCUUCCCCCUCAGUCGCAAGAACAAGGGCAGUGGUUCCUUGGAUGGCUGAAGAGCUGCCCUUCUUUCUUCGCUAUCCCAACCCCAUUCCAGGAUGGGUCGAGGGCACAGGGGUGCAAAAGCAAGCUGUUCUUCCAGUCAGUAAGGGAACAGCCUUCUAGGCCAGGAAGCUGGGCUGGCCCAGGCCAGUGCCACUUUUGUCCCCUCUUAACUCCAAGAAGUGCAAGUGAACUUGAUUGCUGGCCCGCCCCUUGACCCUUCCAUGGUAGUCCCCACCCCACCCCCAGCUUACAUCACAUUUUCUCCACUGUUACCUGGACACUUAUGUCUACAUAGUGUCUCUUCCAUCUGCCUGGGGCAGGAAACAGGGCUGGCAUGCCAAAGUGCCCAGUCCAGGGUCCGGCUCCUAUCAGGGAUUCCAACUCUCUCAAUUUCCUGCCAAUAACACAGCACCAGCCUGGGCUUGAGAAAGUGACCAGGUAUUAUGAGCGCACAGUUAUAUGUGCUGGUUUAGGGUUGGCUCCUCGUCCCUUACCCUGACCUUUCCCCUGGCUUGUUGAAGGCUGGGAAAAGCCAGGCUCCUGGGAGUGGCAUUUUCUGUCUGAUCUCCACCCAUCUCCCAGCUGUUUGACUUUCUCUUCCUGCUCUGGGAGCAGAGGUCAUUGGUUGAGGUAGAGUGGUCUGUCAGUUACCCUGUGAUCUAGCAAGGCCAGUCUUCUCUGGGCGUCAGUUUUCUCAUCUGUGAGGUGACAGGAGCUUGGAUGAUUACUUAGAGCCUUGGCAGCUCUGUGAUUUUUUUAAAGCCAGUGGCUUGGGCCUCCUGUGUCUGCCCCUGCUUCACCCUCUUCAAGGUGCUACACCUACCAGCCCUGGAGGCUGGACAAGCCUCUCCUUUAACCACCAGGGGGCAGGAGUGCACUCUGUGCUCAGUGGCACAGGUGGCACAGCCUGUGGACUUGCCCAUAGUGGGUGUCCAGCCCUCCUCGUUGUUUUUGGCUAGUAGCUGGACUUAUAUUUAUAUUCUCUCUCUGUAUUUAUAUGCCUGACACCUUGGUGAAGGUGGGAUAAGCCGCUCCUCUAGCCCCUCCUCCUUACCUCAGAUGCCUGAACAGAACCAGGCAAAGCACUAGCAGCUUCCUAGGAGCUGACAGGCCUUGCAGCUGGGGCUUGUGCUAUCAAGUGAGCGUAUAACCCACAACUUCUGGUGCCCGCCUUGAGCUUCUGAUGUGCACACCUUACCUGAGUUAGACACUACAGCCAGGCCACCUCCGAUACCACCCCUUCUCCCCAGAACAGGCGAGAAGGGGCUGGUGCCCAGGGCUGGGCAAGGAGAGUCAGGACAUCUACAGGCUCAGGCUCGAAGUUCAUUUAUUAAUGUGUUGGACACAAUAAAACCACAACUGCUGUUAUCAAAAAGUUUCCCUCCCCCGCCCCUUUUCUUAUCCCAUUGGAAAUAUCUUUCAAAAAAAAAAAAAAGAUACAAGUAGAUACUGGCAAAAUCCCAUAUUGAGUGGGGGAGUGACACUGGCUUUGGCAACAUGAAAGUAGAUUUAAUGGCAUAUAGGGCUGUGUAACAGCCCUGGGCUCCACAGUUGGAGAGACUGUACCCUAGUCUAGAGUGGAGAGUCCUUAGGCUGAGGGAGACCCAGAGUCCCCCGUACCCCCUUAGAGGUGGGGUUCAAGCAGAAACCACUAAAAGGUUAAGAAGGACAGCUUUGAUAAUAAGACAGGUCACUUCCGUUAAAGCCAGGCCAGGGCCAGGCAGGGUGGUGCAUGCCUUUAAUCCCAUCACUCAAGAAGCAGAGGCAUGUAAAUCUCUUGAGUUUGCCAGCCUGGUCUACAUAAUUCCAGAACCAGCCAGGGCUAUACAAUCAGGUCCAGCCUGAAUACCACUAGCACCUUCUAGCUUCACCCCUACAAAGAAGAUGGGACUUCCCCCAAAAUCAACCUCACUUUCACAGUACUUCUUUGAAUGACUUUGGGGGCUUCUUAUUUCCAUGGUUCUUUGCCAUACCCCCUGGUUAACUUCUGUUUUUGUUUUGAGACAGUGUCUAGCUAUAUGGCCCAAACUGAACUCAUGACCUAAUGCCAGGAUUAUAGGCAUGCACCACCACACCUGGCUACCCCAUGGUAAACCUGGCUGAUGGGUUUACCCACAUCAGUGUGAGAUCCCUAGCUCCAGUAG